AUGGCGUACAUUUUUAUGCUCGAGCUGAUCGUGGAGGAUUUGGAACUCUUUUCCGAAGAAGGCGAAGGCGGCGCCCGCCGUUCAUCGGAAGGCCGCACCGGGGAACUGUGCGUUCGGGUGGAACUGAAGGGCCUAGCUCGGUUGGAGGUUUGUGAGAAGGAUUUCGGGUCGGCCCUGGCCCUAGAGUCCGGUCCCAAGACGGGCGAAAACUGUCUGUUCGUGUACGAUCCGAGCCUGGCGCUGAACGGGGCCGGUUUUACGGUUGAGGCGUACGAAAAGUGUGGUGAAGGACGGGGCAAGAAGCUGCUCGGAAGUUGCCCCGGAGUGCACGGAGAGAUGCUACAGAAUUUGGCAAGGUCCUACGAGGGUCAGCGGGGCUCGAAAGUGCCGUCGAGUGAAUCGAUCCGAUCGAACGGGAGGGCCCAGAGAGAGCCCGUGUCGCAGACCCUCAAAGAGAUGUACUCCUUGAGGGCGGUGGGUGAUGAAGCGACGGUGAUUGGCUACGCGGUGCUCACCCUCCGGUUGUCCUGCCUGGGGAGCUCCAUCAACCAGAAGGUGCUGCUCGCCGAGCAGAACGAUCGGUCAGUGGCGUGCCUCAAGCAGAACGACGAACUGAUCGUAAAGUGCGUAAAUCUCGGCCAGGAUGAGCUGCAGGAUCAACUGGUCGGGCCGCAGACAAGCUUGGCGACCGUUACGCCGGUGAGCGAGGAGCCCGAGCAGCCACCGUACGAUGAGUACGCGGCUCAGCUGAACGGAAACUCGAUUUGCAUCCGGAUCGAGAAGGACGCCAACAUUGCCAUCUGCUUGGACGGCGAACAGGAAUCGACAGGAUGCACCAAGGGUUGCUGGACUUCGCUGACGCUCCCGGAAGGGGUCUACGGUUUGAAGGAAGAGUACGUGCAACAGCAAGCAAACGGCUGCAAUCUGCCCGUCGUCCGUGGCACGCUCAAGUAUCCGGCGUACCACUGGUCGGGUGACUUCAUGUUGGGUAAGCAACGAACCCCGGUUACGAUCGAGGACUUUCGACGAAAGCCGGACCCAACUCGGACAGUCGGACUGCAGACCGGCUCGGAAGGACGACAAGACGUGAAGCCCAAUCUUGGGGGGAUCCAGUUUAUCCACAAAACCCCCGACGACCCGGCGUUCGAUGUGUUUACGUUCAAGUUUGGCAAAAACAAACGAUCACCGAACGGGCGUAACCAGAUCGAGAUUGAACUCCGCACACCGAAAGCACCGUGGCGGGAACCGUGCCCCAAGGUGACCCGUGGUGCGCAGGUCCUGGAAGAUGAGUUCGAACCGGUCGCCGUCGAUGGUAAGAAUCCCACGCUGAAGCCACCGGAACCUAGCCCGGCCCGACCCAGUGCUGGUGGUGGUGGCGGCGAUGGGAAGGCGAAAGGCAAAGGAAAACCGAAGGCGGCGGCAACGACGGCUGUCAAGAAGGGCAAAAAGAAGUGA